CCCGGCCGGCGUCCCAAGAUGGCGGCGGCGGCGGCGCCCGGAAGGCCGCGGCGGCGUCCAGGCUGCUAAGGCGGGCCCCACGCGGCUGGCAGCGGACAGGCAGAACCUAGGGCCAGAGGACGGGCGGCAGCCGCCUCUGCGCGGACCGGGGCUGGGCUGUCUGGCGGCAGCGGCGCCAGGGGAUGCUCCUGCUGGGCCCGGCCUCUCCUUUCUCAACUUAGGGCGGCGGCGGGCCCGCGCCCGUGGCUCCCGGGCCAUGGCGCUGAGGGAGCUCAAAGUGUGUCUGCUCGGGGAUACAGGUGUAGGUAAAUCGAGUAUUGUGUGGCGGUUUGUGGAAGACAGUUUUGAUCCAAACAUCAACCCAACAAUAGGGGCAUCUUUUAUGACCAAGACUGUCCAGUACCAAAAUGAGCUACAUAAAUUCCUAAUCUGGGAUACAGCUGGACAAGAACGAGAGACAUUUUCAACAUUAAAGAAUUGGGUGAAAGAGCUUCGACAGCAUGGCCCACCUAAUAUUGUAGUUGCCAUUGCAGGAAAUAAGUGUGAUCUUAUCGAUGUAAGAGAAGUCAUGGAGAGAGAUGCAAAGGACUACGCCGAAUCUAUUCAUGCAAUUUUUGUAGAGACCAGCGCAAAAAACGCGAUAAACAUAAAUGAACUCUUUAUAGAAAUUAGUCGAAGAAUUCCAUCCACUGACGCCAACCCGCCAUCUGGCGGUAAGGGCUUCAAACUCCGAAGACAGCCUUCAGAGCCAAAGCGGAGCUGCUGCUGACCGAACCUCAGCCCCUCAGACUUGAUGAUGAAGUAGGUGGUCCUGAAAGUUAACGGGAGGACUGGGGUCCCUACCACCAGUUUUCACCUAGCCAGUCUUGAGUCUUCUCCGUACAAAAAGGAUUCACAGAAAUUGACCAGUUCUGUUCUCCAGAGACUGCAGCAAUGAUAUUUUAGUCUGUGAACUUCUAUUAUGUAAAGAAUCUCUAAUGUACAAAGGGACUACAUCAUUGGCUUUUGACCUUGCUGAAAAGGAACAUAUAACUUUAUGGAUGGUAGGAUUAAGUUGUUGAGUAGUUUUGUAAUCAAGAUUUUAUGUAACAUUUGUAAAGGGAAAAUUAGCACUUUCGUGGUUCUUAAGGGAAAAAAAAGACCUUGUGGAGAUUAUAAUUUCCUUCGUUUCUGUUACCACUGUUAGAGGGAGUUGUAUCAUUUAAAAUAUAGUGGGAUAGUUUAAGUGGAGGGAGGACAAUUAUUAUCUGAAGCUAAAAUGGGUUAUUUAUAGGACUGAUGGAAAUGAUUUCAUUUCUGCCAUCUCUAAAGCACUUUUCAUUGAACAUGUUAGCCUAGGAUACGUACAGUAAAUUAACAAUGAUAGCAGCAGAUGCCUAGCUCACCCUGGGUUUCCUUCUGACCUUGUCAUGGUGUGUGCCACCAAACACGUUAUUGGCACCUUUUUAAAUAAGCUCUCAUGAUCAAGAUGGUGAUGGUAGAGAAGCUGCCCAGAAUAAAUUGAAUUUCAUAUGUUCUGAACUGACUAGCAAUGGUUUAAAAAGAAAGAAAAGAGGAAGUGAAGAAGGUGGUGUAAAUGCUGUCAAUUAUUUUUUAACCCAAGUAUUUUGGUGGGGAAAAGCAAGUAUCUGUUGCUUAGCAUAGGUAAAGUUGUAGUCUAUAUUUAUGAGGCCAUUGCUUAAAGAUUAUAAAUUAUGUAAAUACAUUAAUAAACUCUAAGUUUCAUUUGACAUUCCAUUGAAUCUUGCACCCAGUCUUGCAUAUGCCUGCCCAGUUUUCAGCCUGUUAACGGGAGACUCAGGCACAUUGGUGUUGUAUAAAGGUAUACAGUCUUUAAAGGUUACAGUCUGCCUUCCCUUCUACCCACCCGCCUUCCACCAGAUCCCAUCUGGAAAUGGUAAUAAGGACAUAUGCCACUUUGACAAAUCUGACUAGUCCUUACUAGCCUGAGGGUCAAAGAUGAAGCUCCAACCCCAAGUCAUUUACCUGGUCUUGGUAAUAAGUUUCUUUUAGCUUGUACAGCAUCCUCAGACCAACUGAGGAGCUUUCCUUGUUAACAAUUUAGCUUAUCUUUUUGUUUCCUUUAUUUUUGCCUGCCUCUGUUAGUGGUUAACACUCUUUCCCCUCAGGGAGCCUAAUGAGGUUUUUAAUAUAAUCUAAAAAUAAAGCAUUGAAGUGAAGUUGGUGAAAAUUUGUUCCUGGUCUAAUUUGGCACCCUUCCAACCUGAGUAUUGUAGGGGAAGGAAAUUUACAAGAUUUAAUAGGAAAUGAAACAGCUUGAAUUUCAAACUAAAUUGUAUUUUCAGAGCUAUCCUUAAACUGAACAGCUGAAACUUUAAAAAAUAAUUGUUAUUAUUUUGUGCCCCCCACUUAAUAUGGAUAGAUUUUAAUGGGAAGAUUAUAAUUCAGAUUAAGUAAAAAACAAUUCCCUUUUCCCUGUUGUAUAUCUUAAGAAUUUGGAAUUUUUUUUUUAUCUUCUGAAAUCAUAUAGAAAGAAUGUCGUUAGUAAAAAUUCUAACUUCGUUUUGUUUAAAAGACACGUGGAUGCUCCAUCCCCCUAGGAUUUUGCUUCCUCCCCAGUGCUAAAUUAGCAAGCUCCUAGAGAAGCCAUGUGAUUCCCAGGGCCAGGCGCUUUACAACUGAAAGUAGUUUGACUUUCUUCUGUAUACAUCCAGAUGGAUCCCAGGCAUCUGGGCACCGCCCUAGUAUGUCCCUAGAAUUCCCACUGCUGGGCCUCUAUCUCCAUGACAACAAAAUAAAAACAGGUUGCUUGACUCAUUACCGAAGAGGCAAAGCAUGUGCGACCCUUUCUGUCUUAUUUUACCAAAAGAUGGUGCAAAUCUAUGACCUUCACAUUUUUUCCACCAAACCCAGCAGUGGCCGUUGGUGCUUGUGUGGUGUCUCGGUGCAUGGGGAAAGGCAAGGUCUGCUGAGCUCAUCUUAACUGCUGAGGCGUCUGGAUGUCUCUGAUAUUACUGUGAUGUUUUACUGUACCAAGCCCAAUGUGGGUCCAUCUCAUCAGCCCUUUGCUGAUUUCAUGAUUUCUCACACUCCCUCCCAUAUGUAGGGUGUGAUUCUGUUUUAUUGUAGCCACAUUUUAUUAACAGAAUGAGUGAUACGAAGCUUGUACUUAAUGUAUUUUUCGGGCCUCUUCUCUCAUUUUCAUCAGUCUGUCUAAGAAGUUGACUCAGCACUGUUUCUCAUGUAAUAUCCUUUUAAUGCUUAGCAACAACAAUAAGAAAAAAUUGCUGUCUCAGAUCCGUAAUCCAUACUCCGUGAAAGCAGGAAAAAAAUGUUUUUACUUAUUUCAUUUGCUUCUAAAAUGCAAAGAUGAAUAUUAAAGUCAGAAGCAGUAUUUUAUUUUGAGCACAUUUUGGAUUAUUAACCUGACUAAGCAAUGAUCUAGUACACAUUUCAUAUUUUCUUUAUAAUAAUUUAUUAUGGAGAAGAGGCUAGAUUUCAAAGGAAUUGAGACAUAUGCCCAUCUAUAAACAUUUUUUGGUUUUCUUACGAUACAGGGCCAUUUUUUAAAACUCUCAGGACUGAACAGAAGAGAAAAAUUAUUAAUUAGCUGCUACUUUAUGUUGAUUCUUUUCAGAGAAAUUGAAAUAAGCUCUUUGCAGGUGUCCAAUCCUAGAAACCAAUGGUCUCCAGAACUCUCCUUUCACACAAGUGUUUUUCUGAUUCUAUGAUAACUAAUUAACUAUCAUCUGGUGAUUAAAAGAACAUAAAGUAAGAUUAUGAUUAAGCGUCCGUCACCUGCUUGUCAGCCUCAGUCAGGAUACGUUUUACACGAAGCAGCUGAAAGAUUUAGUUCUUUUCAAAGUAAUUUAUUUUCUUGUGACCGUUUAUGAUGUUGUUUGAAGUGCCUGUUUCCCGUUGUGCACACACUUUCUGGAUGUCUGAAAGGAUCAGGACUUUUGUGUUAGAGGCUUGCCUCCUCUCUGUGGGCUGGUGUCCUUCUUGAAGUUAUCAAUUCCUCUUAUUCUUGAAUAUCUAAAGGGAAAGGAAACCACCUUUAAUUUUCAAAACUUCUCUUUAAGUCUUGUAUGUAUUUCUUUUCUGUUCUCAAGGAGGAAAAUUGGUCUAGGAGGCCUUCCAAAUUAAACUCUGGGAAAUAUAGUAAUGAAAAUAUCCUUUAGCUAACUUUCCUGUAACUGUCAAAACAAAAUGUCAGUAUUUGUAGGGCACUGUGUUAAAAUAAGGGGUUUAGAUUCCAAUGACACUGCACUAAUUGGCAUGUCAGCCUCCAGCUCAGAAUGGCAUUUGCUCAUGGUUACAGGCAUCUUUUAGAUUCUAAGAGUGAGUUACAGAAUUCGUUUUGGUACUUUCACUUAUUCUUUCAGAAUACAUCAAGGACGUGAUUCAUGGGCCCUUAAGAGUAUAAGAUAUAGUUGCACAGUAUGUUGCUUAAGUAGCAGAUGAGCCCCCCUAAACAUCCACAUGUCUCUGCAGGAACCUGUGUAAGUAUUGCGAAAACCCUUUUCUUCCAGGGAAAAAUUACUGGAAAUUCCUUAACUGAGGUAUACUCGGUACUCGCUCUAGAACAUUUGGGAAAUGACAGCGCACAAACUCAGGCUGGCUCUCCCCUCUAACCUCACUGGGCUAUAAAUGUUCCUUCUAACUCUGUAAUGAAAGUUAAAUGACAAUGACAAACUAGAUAGCGAACCUGUAAAAGUCAUUAUUUACAUUUGUUUUAAAGGGACAGUUUUACCGUUUGACUUCAAGAGAUUUUCUACCUCUUAACAGUUAAUAUUUUUUAAAGGAAGAAAUGGAAUGUACCUUCAGGGGUCAAGCUGUUAACUAUAUACCUGCCUCCAGUUAGCUUGGUUUAUCAAAAGGAUUUUUAAAUGAUUCAAGAUGAUGUUUAGGAUAUUUGUUUUAACUCCUGCUGUGCUAUGAUUUUAAAAAAAUAGUCUAAGAAACAAAUUUAUCCAUGAGAUAAACAUUAUAUUUUAUAGUUUUAGAAAAAAGAGCUGGGGGUGGAAUUUAGCCUAGAACUUAAAGAAACAACCUCUGCCAAUUUCUCUUGACAGUGGAGUUGCUUGUCUUGACUUCUAAUAAUAGAAAUCCAGGCAAUUUGAUUAUCCGGUUUGCAAGAAACUUUAAUGGAAUUCUGGGGCAUUUGUCCUGUUUUAUGUGCAAAUGAAAGUCUAAAAAAUAUUAGGAUAUUACAUUUUUCAGGAGCCUCCAUUUUUUCAGUCUAAGAGAACGAUAAGUGAGAGACCGAUUGUGAUGAAGUUUCAUUAGACAUAAUGUGGAAAGUGAAUAAAUAGAACCAAGAAUCUUCAUAUUUCUGUCUUUCAGGAUUCUCUUAGCAUAUAGGAAAAUGAUUUACUUUCCAAAUCUAGGACUUCCAGUAGCAUAGAUCAAGUUUAAUUUGAUGGUCUGUACCGUCACAAAUAACUAAUAUCUGUUUUCUUUCCUUUUAGAGUAUAAUCAAUUAUUGACAGGCCAGAAAAUUUUUGGCUUCAAAAGGAUUCAUAAGCUUAAAAAAAAUAAAAAUUCCCAAACCUUCCGUCUAUUCCUUUUAUUACGUUGAACAUUUUACAUAGUAAGAGUAAGAUGUAUCAUUAGUAGAUGGUGAAAUUAAAAUCAUGGUGUCUAACAGAUUUAACAAAAAAUGUUUAAUUUACUACAAGUUCAUUUUCAGAUCUGUAUGGUGCCCAGUGCUCCACAAAAUGCAUGAUAAUUGCAACAACAAAAUUAUUUUCAUGAACAAGAAUUCAAGUGCCAAAGUCCUAUCAGCCAAUUAAAAGCCAUAAGAGAGGAACAAUUUUUUUUUUUUCUUUUUUUAGAUGGAGGCUCACUCUGUCGCCCAGGCUGGUGUGCAGUGGCGCAAUCUCAGCUGACUGCAACCUAUGUCUCCUGGGUUCAAGCAAUUCUCCUGCCUCAGCCUCCUGAGUAGCUGGGAUUACAGGCGUGCACCACCACACCCAGCUAAUUUUUGUAUUUUUAGUAGAGACAGGGUUUCACCAUGUUGGCCAGGCUGGUCUCAAACUCCUGACCUCAGGUGAUCCACUCGCCUCGGCUUCCCAAUGUUCUGGGAUUACAGACAUGAGCCACCACGCCCAACUAGUAAUGAUUUUUUUAAAGGGCUUUUCUUAAUUGACAGUUGUAAGUUGUAGACAUUAAUAAUCUAACAAACAAAACAUGCCAGUUUUACUGAUUCCAGUUUUUGCUGGAUUGAGGAACUUUUCAUUAUUUAGGGAAACUUUUGAAUGUAGUACUGUGGAGGAAAUCAUCCUUAAAAUAGCAUUUCACACAUAGGGCCAAUAAUUUUUACUUAGAACUGAAAUUGUCAAGGAAACCCCUGCAGCAUGUAACGUCGUAUUGUAGAAGAGCUGGGCAUACCUCUUCCUCUAGGCCAGUUCAGAGGCCACUGGCGGCCCAAGUAGAGUGGGGCCCACUGGCGUGAGCAGUCCCUGUGCCCAUGCCCAUGGUGGUGCUUGACUUUGCUUUGGGGCUUAAUCCUAGUAUCAUUUGGCCAUUAAUUUUUAAUUAAGUUUAUACUUGAAUAAUCAGUUUUACUCCUGAAAAAUUUUGAAGCCAGCACUUGAAUUUGUUUAUAUUCACUUACUUUGUAUAUGAACUUAUGACAUUAGAGUUUGUAAAACUACCUUAACGUGGCUCAUGCAUCUGAUGUUAGAGGGACUGGUCAGUUCAUUACAGGGCGAAUUAUUGGCAGCUGGCUAGUCAGAGCAACUGAUGGGUGGCUUUUUGUGUGUGUGCGUGAGACGGAGUCUCACUCUGUCACCCAGGCUGGAGUUCAGUGGCGCGAUCUCGGCUCACUACAACCUCCGCCUCCCGGGUUCAAGCAAUUCUUCUGCCUCAGCCUCCUGAACAGCUAGGAUUACAGGCGCCUGCCACCACGCCUGGCUAAUAUUUUUUGUAUUUUUAGUAGAGACAGGGUUCCACCAUGUUGGUCAGACUAGUCUGGAACUCCUGACCUCAUGAUCCGCCUGUAUCGGCCUCCCAAAGUGCUGGGAUUACAGGCAUGAGUGGUGGCUCCAUUUUUAAACCAUUUGUUAUCCUAUGUAGACAGAGCUUUAUUGCCCUGGAAAAGAUUUUUUUUUUUUUUUUAACUCUCAUGCAGUUCAGUCUUUUCAUCAUUUCACUUUGUGAGUCACUCACAUAAUUGUCAAUCAUCCCUCUGACCUUUUUAAGAAUUUACAUCUUACCAUCUCUGAUUGAAGCAGCCUUCUCGCUUUAUUUCCUUUAUGUUCAUUUUCCUGUGGGCUCUCCCUUAGAGACACACGGCCGCAGCCACCUCCUCCACAUAUGUAAUACGCCUUCCCCUGCGGCCUUCCGUGGCCACAGCAACAGGGGCUGCUCAACCGCUCCAGCUGGGCUUUUUUAACAAGCACUGUCAGAAAUGCACAGGCCCGGGGUGGGGGAUGAACAGAAGUUGAUUAGUGGGCACAGAAAUACAGUUAGAUAGAAGGAAUAGUUGGAGCAUUCGAUAUUACAGUAGGGAGACUGCAUCUAACAAUAAUUGAUUGUGUAUUUGAAAAUAGCUAGAAGAAUCAGAAUAUUCCCAGAACAAAGAAAAGAUAAGCGAGGUGAAGGAAAUCCCAGUUACCCUCAUUCAGUCCAUUACACAUUCCAUACAGGUCUCAAAAUAUCACAGGGACCUCAAAGACAUGUACAGUUGUUAGUUUAACAUUUUUGAAAGAAAAGAAAACCGGCCAGAGCAUUAAAACAAAUAAAAUAAGAAACACAAAGACCAGUGUUAGGUGAAGAACUCCAGUGCUUCAGAAAGAGAAUAGCAGCACUCCCUUACCCUGGGAACACGGCCAGUUGACAAAAUGGGUUUUGGUUUUUUUGUUUUGUUUUGUUUUACCAUUGGUAAUAAGAUAGUUAACAUAAGUGGUCAGAACUUCGCUGAAUUUGUAAUAAAGCAUUUGUUAAGCGUGUAGAAGUCUAAAUCAAAAGUCUUGAAGAAAAACAGCUAUAGCAAUGAGCCUGGACAUUUUUCAAAAAAAAAGAAAAAAGAAAGCUAAGCCGUCCUACCAGCAGUCUCUUGCUCCUAAGAAUGUCAUGCCUUUUCAAGACCUGAUGCAAGGAAUAAGAUAUUUGUGCCUUUUUAUAAUAGCAUCUAUUAUGAAAGUAAAAUUCAGUUGCUUACAGUUUGGCCGCUUUGUAGCACUAUUAUAAACAGCCCAAAUGUAUGGUCUUGGCCGUACUGCAUGACACAUGGCCUGGUCACCUGUAAUGGAAUAUGCUGCAGUGGUGGUUUGCCAAGCUUCUGUGGAUGUCUGAAGACUUUAUUUUUGCAGUCUUAACCUUGGGCUGGACCUAAGUGUAUAUAAACCAUGUGAUGUCUGUAUUGUUUAUAGAUGCUGACAAAAGAAAACUAGACCUUUUGUUUUUUGUUGUAAGAUUUUUGUUUUCAUACCUAUGCUCAUAGGAGAUAGUUUGCAAAUGAAAGUUGAUUUGCCAUACUUUUAAAUAAUAUUGUUUUAGCUUGAAUAUUCUAUAAUACACUUUUAUAGAGUAUAACAUGCUAAAUCACUGUUUUGUUGUAAGAAAGGUGUAAACAUUUUGUUAAUAAAAUGCUAUGUUUACAAAUAUA